AUGUACGAGACGCGAGAGAAUCUCGGAGCGAGACUCACACGCGCCAUCAGUAGAACAUCCACAGAUGCUCUCGAUCACUGGCGCAAUCCAUUAGUGCAUAUUGGAAGUUCUGGCACAUUCUACCCUGACGGAGACCCCACCAAUGACUCUAUACGUCCCAAGUUCAGGACCGGAUACUCUAUGGGACCAUUCCCGCCUGCAGCUGUGGAGGCGCAAGAUCUCAUACAAGAUGGCAUGCGAUGUAUCCUGCCUGAUUUUGAGGAAGUCUUCUUUGACUCGAACGAUGUUAAAGGACAUUCUCGAGGUCGUAGACUUGAAAUCCCGUCAGCGGCGGACUACGUCGCUGCUGGAAUAGACGUGUCUGUUUUGGCCAAGGGCCCUAGAAGCAAUAAGAUAGAGGAAGAUCCAGAGGUUCUUCUGUGGCUUAAGGGAUACUCUCUCGAUCUCCCGCCGCGUAUUUCGCAAGAUAGGUCGGAGUUGGAAUACCUGAGGAGGAAGAACAACGACGCCUUGCUCGGGAUUGACUCGGAUAUACACGAGGAUGAGACUGGAUACCUGAUUAGGAAGAGAGGCGAAGCUCUACUAGGGACCAACCCGAAUAUCCCAGAGGACAGACUUGGAUACCUGAUUAGCAAGAGAAGCAUCGCAUUGUACCGAUCCCUCCUCGAGCAAUGCCUACGCAUCCCUCUGCCCGCUGACCUCCCCUCUCGCGGACCGGUCCAUCCGCUCAAGCAUCUGCUACGCAAGAAGUUCCGGCAGAAUGCACACCAUGCGAGUCCGAGGCUGAUCGUGCCUCUGCUCAAAGCUGGAUAUGCCGCCGAAGAGCUCAUCCACGCAGCCAGCACCGGCAACCAGCUGGCCCUCGGCCAGAUCCACGAGCACCUGCGCUCCCGCCACGCCCAAACCCUCGCCGCCAGACGCGCGUGCACGCAGCCGCCCCCCAAGGACAUCGCCGCGCACCGAGCCGGCCUGCGCGCCUACCCCGGCGCGCGCCCCGUCGUGGAGAUCCGGCCGCUGCCCGCGGAGAAGAUCAGCAGGGUGCGGUAUGUGCCGACGCUCACGGUCGCGACGUUCCUCCCCUUCCUGCGUUUCAAGAAGAGGCAGUCGCCGUACCUGUCGCGCGUCUUGACGCGCAAGGUGAAGCAGAAGCAGCGCCGGAUGACGAGGGCGGAUCAGCUGGAGCUGGAGAUGGAGAUGGGGGAUGCGGAGGGCGAGUGGGAGGAUGUUGUGCUGCGCGAGGUGGAGAGGGAGAAGGGUGUGGAGGGUGUGACAGAGUUGAUAGAACAGGGCUGGGAUGACGGGGGCGAGUGGAGGGACGAGAGCGAGAGGCAGAGGGUUCUGGUGCUGAGGAGUGUUGAUAGAGAGCGUCAGAGGGCAGAGCAGCUAGCGACGAAGUUGAUUGGGAUUGUGGCUAGGGAGAAGGAGUUGUGGGCGAAGGAGAGGGUAGCAAGGAGGAGGGCCAGUCGAGCUCGUAGGAAGGCUAAUCAGUCUGUGAGAAAGGAAAGUGAAAAAGGGCUGAGUACGUAG